ACAGUUUUGUGUUCAUACAAAUAAAAGUGUCGGCAGACAACAGAAGGCAGACUGCAGACAGUUGACUGAAAAUUGUGGCCUGAGUUUGUUCUUUGGGGUUUUGUACCUAAAAUAAUUAGUGUUAAAACGCAAUAAUUAAAAUUAGUAUUAAAAUUUAAAUUAACAUUUUAAUUAUGGAAGCAAAGCCACGCACUGACAGUCGUCACGAAAUUAUUUCAUUGGUUAAGAAAAAUCGCUUAUUAUGGGAUAAAACUUAUUGUGGCUUCAGUAGUCGUUCUAAGAAAAGGGCUGUAUGGCUUCGUAUAUCUAAGGCUGUUGGAAUGUCUAAUGAUAAGGCCCGUCGUAUUUGGGGAAACUUGCGUGAUCAAUAUCGUCGUGACUUGAAACGUUCAAUAAAAGGUGGUGCAAAGAGAAAAUGGAAAUUCUGUAACGAAAUGGAUUUUCUACGUCCAAUGAUAAGAGUACAAGGCAAAAAUUCCGAAUUAUCAUCAGCUGAAAGUGAUAAUGAUGAGUCAUGCGAUUCUUCAUUAGAGACUCAAAAUUCUACCACCGACAAAAAUCUUUUGUUACAGUCUUCUAUGUUGAUAUUCCCCCAACCUGAACAGCUAGAGCAGAUAGAAAAUCUUAAUACAUCAAAUCAAAACUUGACCGAAGAAUAUACGACAACUUCAAUCGUCAAUUAUUCAUCUAUGCUAAAACCAGCUAACCUUAAUGCGUCAGAAUGUAUUCCCCAAGUGUUGGAAAACGUUAGCGUAGUCGAAAGAGUAGACAACACGGUUAAAAUUGAAAUUGACUUAAGCUCUGAUGAUGAAGCGUGUAUAAAAUCAGAAAAUCCAAACGAAAUAGAAGAAAUCGAAAUUGAUAAUUCUUCAAAAGGAAUGGAUAAUACGUUUUCCGAGGCUUCAAAUAAUGGGAAUCAAGAAAUGCUACGUAAUGACACUGUAACUUCUCAAAGUUCAAAAAUCACACUUCCUCAGCAAAUAAGCUUCAAUCAUUGCAACAUUAAUGAAAGAUCAAUAGUUGAUACAAAUACUUCUGUGGCAGAGGUGGCUCAGGAUAUUCAGUUAAAUACAGAUCAAGUACAAGAUGAAGAUUAUCAUUUUGUUAUCAGUAUUUUGCCACAUUUACGAAAAGUACCCAGUAACCGCAAGCUACACGUGCGGAUGGCUAUUAUGAAUGCCUUAUCUAAUGAAUUUAAUUGAUCUUUCUCAUAGUAUGGGAAAGGAAAAAGGCAAAAUGUGAUAUCAUAGAAGAACUCUUAAGUUUUUGACAAACAUAAAAUCAAUUAAGUUAUGGCAAACCAUUAUACCUAUUACGAUUUUUUG